AUGGAUGGAAUCAGACUGUACAAAGGAAUGUGCAAACUUUACAUAUGGUUUGCAGUGUGCAAGCGAAAAUGUUUUGGAACCUCGUCUUGUGAUCACGUAACUGGGAAAUGUGAUGAUGGCUGUGAUCGAGGAUAUCAGAGUGAAGACUGUACAGCGAGUUGCGAUUCGAAGCAUUAUGGUGUGAAUUGUGAAUCACUGUGUGAAGACAGACACUGCAAUGGGGAACAACUCUGUCACACUGAACUGGGAUACUGUAAUGGUGGAUGUCUCACAGGGUGGACUGGACUUACCUGUGUUGAAGGCACUUUAGAAGUCGGAAUUCUCAACACAACAACGCCUCACGUUCAUUUAUUUAUUCCACGUCACGUGGUCGAACGGAAGCAGAGCCGAGUGGCCUUGACAGUGGGAGUGGCUAUGUUAAUGGAGGCCAAACCAAUGAAUAUGAACAGAUCGAUGUAUUAAACUCGCCACAAAAUGAUUAUGAUAAAAUAACAGGCGUUUAGAUACAUAUAAAUGACAUACGUUUUCGUUUUAUCCUGUUUUGUUUUGGGGUUGUUGUUGUUUAGUUGUUGUUAUUGUCAAACGGAUGAGAUUAUUCUUUGGCUAGCUCUAGACAACAAAAUAUUACUAUAAAAUAUUUAAAGGCUUAUCAGAUAUCAUAUGGUAACGCCAGAUCAAUCAUAUAAGAAAUAUAUGAUUGUGUCCAUUUGUGGCCACAAAAUGCCCAAAAUGGCAACUUUGCCUUACGUAGGUUCAAUAAGACUGCUAUUUGUGGAAUCAGCACCAAUUUGUACAUAAAGUAGGCUUUUCAAACUUUCCUUACCUAAAAGUCUGAUUAAAGUCAUAUACCUCCUUAAUCUGUAUUUUUGUGCAUAAAAUAUCUAUGGCUGUGCAUUAAAGUUGUUACUGAU